AUGCCGCCGCCGCCGCCGCCCACGCCAAUGUUGAUCUGGAACGGCACGGGGCCGGUGAAGGACAUGGAGGCGAACAGCACCGACGACGCCUCGUCAGCGGCACCAUGGGAGGGCACGCUGCCGCCCGGCUCGCUCGACAGCCGCUCCGACAUGAUCCUCGCGAUCGGGAUCGUCAUGACCGUCGUCGCGACUGUGUUCGUCGCGCUGCGGGUGUAUGUGCGGGCGUUCAUGAUUAGGAAAUGGGGGGCGGACGAUACCCUGCUCGCGUCUGCUUUUAUAUCCCUCUUCGUCAUCAUCGUGUACCAGGUCGCCUUCGUCACCAUCAAAAUCGCCUUCCUCUUCCAAUACCGCCGCGUCUUCCCGUACUCGAAAGUCGAGCUCCUGUGCAACAUCGGCAUCUGCUUCCUCGCCCUCUUCGGGAUCCAGCUCCUGGUCUGCGCCGGCGUCAGCUUCGACCUCAUCUACAGAUACACCUUCUUCGACACGCCGAUCAACGUCAUGAGCUGGUGGAUGGCCAACGCCUCGAUACACCUCAUCACCAACGUCCUCAUCUUCAUCAUCCCGAUUCCCUUUCUGGGUCGUCUGCAAAUGACGAGGACCCAGAAGCUCGCCCUUAUUGCCAGCUUCGCGCUCGGCCUCCUCACCUGCGCCAUCUCCAUCAUCCGAAUCGCGACCAUCCCCAAAUUCCACCUUUCCAUGGACCAGACAUACAACCAAACCCCUACAAUAAUCUGGUCCAUCACCGAGCUCUCCGUCGCGAUAAUCUGCUGCUGCAUCCCCACCCUGCGGCCCCUCUCCCACCCGUCCCACUACUCCGCCAACACAACCGGGCCCCGCGAGUCCUUCAUGAACCCCUUCCCGCCCCCCGCCGGCAGCGGCGCUCCGCGCAUCAGCACCGCCCAUACCGCCGACCGCGGCUCCUCCUCCAUCAGCGGCGAAUCCGACGUCGUCGUCAUCCGCAAACCGCGCUCUAGCUUCUGGCACCGCAGCCGCAAACAAAGCGACAACUCGACCCUUAACGGCGACGUGGACGAGAUCGAACCGGUGCCCGUGCUCGCGACGGUGAUGCGCACACCGACGAUACCAGUGACGCUCGUCACGACGGACCCAUCGUCGCCGGCAAGGGUGGAGAUGCCAGUGCUGGAGAUCAAUGGGCUGCGGCGGCCGAGCGAGGCGACGGUCAGCAGCGGUGGCGGCGCGGGCGUACCGCGGCGGACAAGGAGUAUGCGGAGCAGUAUCGUCAGCGACGGAAGCCUGGGCGGUUUCGGCAGGGGACUAGGGAGGAAUCUGAGUCUGAGGAGGCAUAUGAGUGUCGCGCUGACGGAAAGAGAUUCGGAUGACGAUGUGUAUUAUUUUGGGGUUAGUGAGGAGGAGGUUGAUCUGGAGUGCCCGACGCCGCUUAGUCCGCCACCGAAGAGUAGGCAGUCUAUGUCGGAGAGUCGAUGA